UAAAUGUGCCUCUAUACGUUAUUAUUGUUGACAUAGUCUUCGCUCACACUGUUGUGUAAUCGUUUGGUAAAUUGUGCAAAACGAUUCUGUUUUAGAUGAUCUGGCAUAUCCGGCUACAGUCGACGGCAGUGUCCUCUCCAGCAGUGAGUUUAAUAUUUUUACGACCAAACAGGCUGUUACAAUUGACGACGUCGUGAUCUACAGAGUUAAUCUCCUCCUGGAUGAGAGUAAAGUAAGUGAUACAAAGUCUUUUAGAUCAGGUUUGUGUUUCUGGGUUCCCUAUACCGUAUCUUACGUUUCUUUUAUUUUCUCUGCAAUGACAGAUUGAAGAGACUCUGAAUUCCCUGGAGAGCAAGAUGAAAUUUGACAUAUACUAUGCAGAAUUAAACGAACGUAAGAAUUUGACACCAAUCUGCAGCGAGGACAUGACACUGCACUUUAACCUGCAUCGAGGGAUUCAUGGCCACAUGAAUAUAGUAUUUAAGACACUUUCAAAGCUCUCCGUCAAUGUUCACGGCCUGUUGGUAGUAUUACAACCCCCACUGAAGAACUUUCCCGAGAAAAGCUCAGUAUUCAAAAGGCUUCUUCCUAACCGGUGGACAAAGGCUAAAAUACCGACGUUGGAAAGUGUCAUUUUUGGCAAAGACUUCAAAAAGAAAUUGGCAGCAGACGUAAGUAAAAAACAUGAAUUUGUAUUUGAACCUUCCAGGGGGUAAAAACAGUUAUGUGAGUGGAAUUUUAAAUAGGAACAAAAGUUCACAGACAACCCCAGGCCCCUCUAACAGCCAGGGCCGGAACUAGGGGUAGGCAGAGUAGGCACGUGCC